GUGUUGUGCGUAGUUGGGUUUAGUUUCUGAUGGCUUGAUUAAUUUUAAUAUUAUUUUUGUUUUUAUAUUCCGACCAAAUAUUUCGGUUUGAGCUUGACCAGUCAUGGCACUGCUACCACCAGACCCAGUUUAUACCAUCCGUAAUGUCGACAAUUCGCCGGUGUAUUCGUUGGCAUUCAGCUUUCUUCCCGGCGGACUCGAGAGGUUACUAGCCGGUUCAAAAAACGGAUAUGUUUAUGCAUACAACCUUCAGACAAACCGGGUCCAACAAAAAAUCAAAGUGGGUCAAGCUCCCAUCCUCCAUCUUAUUCACACCAACGACCAGCUCAUAACUCAAGAGAAGGGUGGCAAAUUCAAAAUUUUUAAUUUAACCAACUCUGGAUAUAAAGAAGAAACUUUAAUAGAUUUGGAUUACCCUGGUUUUUGUCGCUUUGAAGCCAACACAAAACUCGAAACACUCUACGUACCUGAUAGGGAAUCUAGUAUUACAAUCUACAAUUUUUCAGGAGAGAAAACGGGUUCCCUUACCCCUGUAAACACUUCACCUAAACUCGGUGAUCCGAUGUGUAUGAAGUAUGUUGAAUUAACUAGUGAGAAGCCUUGCCUUAUAGUGGGCUAUGAAGCAGGAUGGUUGCUGCUAUGGGAUCUUAAUACUAGUCAAUGUAUCAGCAAGUUACAGACUAAGGAAUGUCCGAUGUCCGUUGACUUUCACGUUGAACAACAGAGGGGUAUUAUCGGAAACGCCUCGAACAUGGUGCAAAUAUUUAGUAUAGGAAGAAAAGACUUGAGCUUGGCUCACAAGAUGGAUGUCGCUAUUAAAAACCCAGGGAUAAAUAAAGUACAAUCCCGAAUGGAUGGAAAAGUUUUCGUUUCUGGCGGUUGGGAUGGUCACAUCCGUAUAUUUUCUUGGUUUUCUCUCCGUCCUUUAGUUGUGCUGACGGAACAUAGACAAGCGAUACAAGAUGUUGUUUAUUCCACUGAGAAAGUUUCACUUUGGAAUGCACAUAUUAUGGCGGCUGGGGGACUUGACGGAGCGAUUACUCUUUGGGAUUUAUAUAACAAUAAACAAUAACUCAACUCUAUGGUUUUAGUAACUUCAUGUUAAGGUGUCUACACAAUGUUAAAUAUAAUUGCAAAUUUUACUUAUACUUAUAUAAAAUCUUUUUUGGAUUAUGUUACAUAGAUCUGCAUAGAUAAUAAAAUGUGGAAAAGGCUUUUUCAUACACAAAUUAAAUGAUCUAAAAUACAUUUUGAAGUAUCGGAAUGUAAUAUUAAUUAACACAAGAUUUUUUAUGAAAUCAUCAUCAU